GACCAUGUUCCUUUCUCCUGGUCGUUUUGUUCAACCGGCUCACCUAAUUAAACCCUACAUUUUACGCUGCUUAUUUCAUAAUUCAUAUGUUUGUCUUUCUAACGGUUCUCCGCAAACAACAGAACCUAGUUAUCAUAGAAUUCAGUCUCUUUCUCCGCGGGCGGCCAAAACCUAGUUAGUAGUUAUUAUAAAAGGCCUUUCUUUUUUUAUAUAUUUCUUCUGCUACAGUUUUCUAGGAGGAGAGAGAACCAGACGGCGCUGGCCCGCGGCAAACCCCCAUCUUUUUGAAUUCAACCAAGUCAGUUCGUUUGCUACGCUUGAGGGUCUGUCUGCCAUUUCCAAUCGCUUCUUAUUUCUGUACUCAACCGGCUGAUACACAAGGAAUCGGCCAUUCUUUGUAACCUGUUCGAAAAUCGAGAUAUCUGAUCGGGAGCUAGUGCUAUUGGUGUUAUCCCAGAUCAAUCUGAGAUAGCAGUACAGCAGGGAUUGGAAGAAGCUGCAUAUCGCAUGAUUCAAGCUUUCUUCUAAUCAAUGGAAAGCACGGAUUUCGACGGGCCAGACAGCAAACGACCUCAUUUAAAUCCUGUAUCAUCACCAAUGGCUCGGCACACCUUCGAUUCGUCUGAUAAUGGACCUGUUGAUGCUGGAGAGCUCCAGUACCAGAACCAAAAACUUGUUCAGCAAUUAGAAGUCCAAAAACAGGCCUUGAUUGAGCUUGGAAACAAAGUUCAAGAUGUAAAGGAGAAACAAACUUUUUAUGAUAACAAGUUAAUUGAACUUAACCAAAUAUGGGAUGAGUUGACUGAUGACUUGGUUCUGCUCGGACUGUGGGUUGGGGUACACGAAAGUGCUUUACAAACCUUGGAUAGAGUAGACCAUUCACGAGGUUCAAUCCCAUCAUGUCCUGCAGAGAAUAUAUUUCUCUGUAAACUACUAGAAGUUGAUUCAAUAGAAAACAAUGAUAGUGAUGAAUCACUUCUCUACAUCAAAGAACUCCUUGACAACCGCAUUUCCUCCACGCUUGCGUUAAUGAAAUUCUUGGAAGAUGUUAUUUGUAAACAGAGAGCUGAAAUGGAGAGUAUUUCUGAUGCUUUAGAAGGGGGUUCAUCACUAGAAGAUACCAUGGUCCAUGUAACAAAUUUAGACCUUUCAGUGAGAGAGGAGGCUUCUUUUGAGAGUAAGACAAUUGAUGCACUUCGGUUGAAACAUAGAUUUUAUGCUGAUAAAAUACAAGCUUAUAUUGACAACCAGCCAAUGGAUCAAUCUGAGAUAAGUCAUCUUUCAGGGGAAGUGGAAGAAACCAUUUUGGAACUAGAAGAAAGCAGAAGAAAGUUAGUCAAUCUGAAAAUGCAGAAUGAUGCAGUGGCUGGGGUUCUCCAUCCUGUUCAGACUUCAGUAAAUGGGAGUCUCUCACCAGAAAAAUCUGUAGAUAGGUCUACAGGAAUGCAGGAAUUGAAGGGCUCCAUAGAGGAAAUCAAGAUAGUUGUAUCUGACCGGUCUUCAGAGCUUCAAGAUGCACAAGAAUAUAACGUUGUUUUAUCAAAACAGUUGCAAGAGCUUGAGGAUGUACUGAAAGAUGACAAGUAUAUCUUCUCGUCCCGUCUAUAUACUUUAAUGAGUGAUCAGCUUCAACACUGGAAUGCACAAGCACAACGAUAUAGAGCACUGACAGAUUCUUUGCAGGUUGAGAAGUCUUCUAUUGAACGAAGGGAGAAAGAACUUGAGGUGAAAGCUGAGUUGCUGGAUGCUUCAAAGGAUGCGUUUACCAACACUGAGUAUAAGAUCAAAGAACUUGAAGCAAACUUGCAGAAUUGUAUAUUUGAUAAAAAUGAGUUAGAAAUUAAAAUUGAGGAAGCUGUACAAGAUUCAGGUAGAAAAGAUGUUAAAUCGGAGUUCCAAGUGAUGGCAUCUGCGUUGUCAAAGGAAACGGGUAUGAUGGAAGCUCAGUUGAACAGGUGGAAGAAGACAGCACAUGAGUCUCUUUCCUUGCGUGAACAGCUGCAGUCUCUUAGUACCAUAUUGAGAGAGAAGACCAAUGAAGAGAUGUCCUUGGUGGAAAACUGUAAUAAACAGACAACUGAAAUCAAGUCUCUCAGGACACUGAUUGAGAGAAUGGAGAAAGAGAAACUAGAAUUGCAGGUCAUAUUGGAAAUGAUUGGUCAGCAAAUUUAUGACAACCGAGAUAUAACAGAAAUCAGAGAAUCAGAAAGGAAGGCUUGUUUGCAAGCUGAACUACUGAGAAGCACUCUUGAAGAGCAUGGUCUUCAUCUAAGGGUGAAAGCUGCUAAUGAAACUGAGACUGCUUGUGAACAUAGGCUUUCUGCUGCUGAAGCUGAAAUAGCAGAUUUAAGGGCUAAAUUGGAUGCUUCCGACAGGGACAUCUUGGAACUUAGAGAAACACUUAAAAUUAAAGACGGAGAGGCUGAAUCAUAUAUUUCUGAAAUUGAGACUAUUGGUCAAGCAUUUGAAGAUAUGCAGACUCAGAACAACCGUUUGUUGCAGCAGGUGACUGAGAGAGAUGACUACAAUAUUAAGCUUGUUUCUGAGAGUGUAAAAACAAAACAAGCCCAAAAUUUACUACUCUCUGAAAAACAAGUAUUGGCAAAACAACUCCAGCACCUUAAUGCUACACUGGAACCCCUGAAGAUGAGGAUUUCUGACUGUGAGGAACAAAUGAAAGGUUGUUUCAUGGAAGCAAUAAAAUCUACUGAAGAAGAUAGGCACCUUUCUGUGAGUGUGGAGUCUACCAAACUGGAACUGGCUGAUGCAGAGAAGGAACUCAAGUUGUUGAAGUCUGCUUAUUCAUCUUCUGAGAAAGAGAGUGAGUUAAUACAAAGAAAGACAGAUGAAAUACAAAUGAUGUUGGAGACUGAAAGAGAUGAGAGGAAGAAGGCAGAUGAAGAGUGCACAGAAUUGAAAAGGCAAGUGUGUGAGAUGACUCUUGAAAGUGGGGAGGCAUAUAUAAAGAAGCUGCAGGACGAAAUAAAGGACUGCAAGGCAAUUCUCAAGUGUGGCGUGUGUUUUGAUCGUCCAAAGGAGGUGGUAAUACUGAAGUGCUUUCAUCUAUUCUGCAAUCCAUGCAUUCAGAGAAAUCUCGAGAUCCGACAUAGAAAAUGCCCGGGCUGUGGGACUGCAUUUGGGCAAAAUGAUGUCAAGUUUGUAAAGAUAUAGCCUAUGAUCAAUUCCUGUAUCCAAACAGAGACCAGUUUUGGUGGUUGUUGGUUUAUCUCCUAGUUAGCAGAUAAAAAGAUUUAUAACUUAAAUUCCAUUUUAUAGUAGUAUUAGGAAAUCAAAUUGUUCGAUGAAAACUAUGGUUGAUCAUCUUGCUUCGUCUUUGAAUGUUAUUUGUCCCGUUUUUGGGCAACCCAUUUGACAAUUUGUUUGAUCAUGUCUCCUCUUUCCUA